AUGGUCACUGCUGAUGGUGUAGCCUUCAUUAUCGACUUUGGACAGUCUAGAAUGUCGUCACCAGCUUCAGUUAUGCAGAGUGAACGCACUGAACUUCGAGGAACAGCUGCAUAUCGACCAAGUUUUUCAUACAGUGAAGGUGUUGUUCUUUAUAGAACCAUUUACGAUAUUACCGGCUGGACCAGAACAUUUAUCUCAGUUGCAGCUAGUGAAUGGCUUCAGACUCCAACACGCAUUCCAUAUUUAGAACCAAAAUGUCCGAAAUAUUAA